AUGAAGGCUAAUUUAUUUUCUCACCCACUGUUUAUUCUAUUUAUCACUGUCAUACUACAAAAGUAUGCGACUGCCGCACCUUCCAGAUAUAGCGAGUUUUUUAAUGAAAGAACUUUGAUAGACAUUGACGUUUCAGGGUCACCCCCAAAUAGGAUUAAGGUUACGCCAUCUAUGGACUUUCCAGGUGGUCUCCACUAUACCAUCCAAAGUAAUUCCAGGCAUACUCAUUGUAUUGGCACUGUAACCGACUUGGGUUGCGUUGUCUUGGAGGGGGACAAAAAAAUAACCAGUAGAAAUAUACUUAUAGUACCAAAGGAAGAUGACGCAAUGUACGUGAGAGUCAUAAGUAUAAAAAAGAAUAAAAAAGGCGGAUCUAUCGCAAGAGUUAGAGAGUUCUUUAGGAAGAAGGAAAACUUGGCCUACAUUGAGAUAUUCAGAGAAUAUAUAGAAUUGAAUGCCAUGGAGCAAGAGUGUAGUCAGUACAUUAAUGCGAGAAUAUUAUUCGAAUAUUGGGAUCAUUCAAUGACUCCAGAAGAUUUGUACAUUUUACCAGUAAAAUACUCCGUUAAACCUGAAUUUGACCUAAAGGUAACUAUUGGUAUGGUCCGUUUUGGUGAAUAUAUUGUUGAUGAUAGAGUUGAUGGACUGCUUAACAGGGAAGUAAUAUGGGAAGGCGGAUUGGAUCAUCCCCGCAUUAGAGUUUUAUCGCAGUACGCAAAUGGAAUGGAGUUUGACAGAGUUUACACGUUUUCUAGCGAACUAAACAAGUUUGUGUCACGCUCUACAAAGAGAAAAUCCUUGACUCUGAGGGAAUAG